CGUGAAUGCAUCUCGGUCCACGUUGGUCAGGCUGGUGUCCAAAUGGGAAACUCGUGUUGGGAGCUUUAUUGUGUCGAACAUGGUAUCCAACCCGAUGGCACUAUGCCCAGCGAUUCGUCUAUUGGUAUAUGUGACGGAUCGUUUAAUACAUUCUUUAGCGAAACAAGUUCGGGCAGACAUGUGCCCCGCGUGGUGUUUGUCGACCUAGAGCCUACCGUGAUUGACGAAGUUCGUACCGGUGCCUAUCGUCAAUUGUACCAUCCAGAGCAGCUAAUCAAUGGUAAGGAAGACGCAGCAAACAAUUAUGCCCGCGGACACUAUACGAUCGGUCGCGAAUUUAUUGAUGGUGUCGUAGACCGCAUUCGAAAAAUGACUGACCAGUGCUCAGGACUUCAAGGCUUUCUGGUCUUUCACUCCUUUGGUGGUGGGACUGGUUCGGGGUUCACGUCACUACUGAUGGAAAAACUUAGUAUUGAAUACGGAAAGAAAUCCAAAUUGGAAUUUGCCGUUUAUCCCGCCCCGGAGAUUUCUACCUCAGUUGUUGAGCCGUAUAAUUCUAUAUUAACAACGCACACAACUUUGGACCAUUCGGACUGUGCCUUCAUGGUUGAUAAUGAGGCCAUUUACGACAUAUCGAAACGAAACCUUGGCAUUGCUCGACCGUCAUACACAAAUUUGAACCGUCUUAUAGCCCAGGUGGUCAGUUCCAUAACCGCGUCGCUACGUUUUGAUGGCUCAUUGAACGUGGACUUAACUGAAUUCCAGACAAAUCUUGUGCCUUAUCCACGAAUACACUUUCCACUGGCCACGUAUGCUCCCAUUAUCUCCGCAGAAAAAGCCUACCAUGAGCAACUUAAUGUAUCUGAAAUCACUCAUGCCUGCUUUGAUCCAUCCAAUCAGAUGGUCAAAUGUGACCCACGGAAGGGAAAGUACAUUGCUUGUUGCCUUCUCUAUCGGGGUGAUGUGGUCUCAAAGGAUGUGACCGAUACGAUAUCCAGCAUAAAGAGCAGGGGAUCUGUGCAGUUUGUUGAGUGGUGCCCAACUGGUUUCAAAGUCGGUAUCAACAGCCAGCCACCGUCUGUGGUGCCUGGGGGUGAUUUGGCCAAAGUCAAAAGGGCGCUGUGUAUGCUGAGCAAUAUCACAGCAAUUCGAGAAGCCUGGCAGCGUUUGAAUCACAAAUUCGAUCUGAUGUUUGCCAAAAGAGCCUUUGUUCACUGGUACGUUGGAGAAGGCAUGGAAGAAGGGGAAUUCAAUGAGGCUCGAGAAAAUUUGGCGGCUUUGGAAAAGGACUACGAAGAAAUAGAAAUGGAGGCCAACGACGACGAAAACGGCGAAGAUGCUGAAUAUUAA